GUCCGGACGCUGGUGGCCGCCGCCGGCUACCGGACGUCCGACUACUACACGAUGCUGACGGAGCUGGUGCCGGCGCUGGCGGACGGAGAGGCCGGCGUGCCGCUGACGGUCCGCUCCGAGCGGCUGCCCCAGCUGCGCGACAUCGUCAUGAUCAGCCCCGAGCGGCGGCGCGGCGUGCUGCGCUUCGACGACCUGCUCGACGCCGGCAUGGAGUCGCUCUCCGGCGAGCUGGAGCGGCGCCAGGCGCAGGUCGACUGUGACGACCCGUGCAGCAUCCAGUUCACCUCGGGCACCACGGGCCUGCCCAAGGGCGCCACGCUGUCGCACCACAACAUGGUGAACAACAUGCACCAGCUGGCGCGCCGGGCAGGUUACGAGCGGGACGGGGUGCGGAUCUGUGUGUCGGUGCCUCUCUACCACUGUUUCGGCUGCGUGGCCGGCUCCGUGCUGGCCCCGCUGCACGGCAACUGCCUGGUCUUCCCGUCGGAGGCGUUUGACGGCGAGGCCUCCAUGCGGGCCACAGAGGACGAGCGGUGCACCCACAUGUACGGCACUCCCACGAUGUAUGUGGACAUGGUGAACAUCGCCAAGCAGAAGCGCCACGACCUCAGCUCGCUGUACUCGGGCAUCGUGGCCGGCGCGCCGGUGCCCUUCCACCUGAUGCGCUCCAUGAUCGAGGACAUGAACAUGCGUGACGCGGUGGUCGGCUAUGGUCUGACCGAGACCAGCCCGCUGCUGACAGUCGGCUUCCCGUCGGACGACCUGGAGCACCGCUGCGGCACCGUCGGCUUCCCGCUGGACCACUCCGAGGUGAAGGUGGUGGGCGGCGACGGCAGGACGCUGCCGGUCGGCCACUCCGGCGAGCUCUGCAUGCGCGGCUACAACCGCUUCCUCGGCUACUGGGACGACGAGGCGAAGACGCGCGAGUGUGUGAGCGCCGCCGGCUGGUUCCACACCGGCGACGUGGCAACCAUGACCGAGGAUGGCUACGUCAAGAUCGUGGGGCGUGCCAAGGACAUGGUGAUCCGCGGUGGGGAAAACAUCUACCCCACGGAGGUGGAGGACUUCCUGAUGACCCACCCGGACAUUCUGGAGGCCUACGCGUUCGGCGUGCCUGAUGACAGGAUGGGCGAGGAGCUGGUGGUCUGGGUCAGAACCAGAGAGCUCGGCUGUCUCUCCGAGCACGACGUCAGGAGCUUCUGCAAGGGCAGGAUCGCACACUACAAGGUCCCGCGCUAUAUCCAGUUCAGGGACGAUUUCCCCAAGACGGUGACAGGGAAGAUUCAGAAGUUUGUCAUGCGCAAUGUCAUGUGCCGUGAGCUUGGGCUGGCAUAGAAGCUUUUAAGUCUGAAAACAAAUUUUGGCAAAGCACGUUUCUCUUCGUGCGCCCGCAGCUGUAAAUAAUUAGGUACUAUCACAGUGUCAACAGACUUGACAUUGCAGCCAAUAUAUGACGUUAUAUUUUUUUUCAAUGCAGGGUCACGAACUCUUUCAUUUGUGUGUAUUUGCUCAGUAUACCUAUGGACGGUUUUGGGGCAUGUAAGUAGGGAACACGGAUUAGAAAGUGAUAAAUAUACAAAUGAUUGAA